UCCCCACGGAAGCGCCACUCGGGGCCAGGCUGCCAUGGACGCCCUGGUCCGACUCCUGCAGCUGCUGGUGUUUCUCCUGACCCUCCCCCUGCACCUCAUGGCUCUACUGGGUUUGUGGGAGCCCCUGUGCAAGACCUAUUUCCCCUACCUGAUGGCCGUGCUAGCGGUCAAGAGCAACCGAGUGAUGGAGAGCAAGAAACGGGAACUCUUCAGCCAGAUCAAGGGGCUGGCAGGUGCCUCGGGGAAGGUGGCCCUGCUGGAGCUGGGCAGUGGCACCGGUGCCAACUUCCAGUUCUACCCCACUGGCUGCAAGGUCACCUGCCUGGACCCCAAUCCUCACUUCGAGAAGUUCCUGACAAGGAGCAUGGCCGAGAACAGGCAUCUCGAGUAUGAACGGUUUGUGGUGGCUUUCGGAGAGGACAUGAGCCAGCUGGCCGACGGCUCCAUGGACGUGGUGGUCAGCACCUUGGUGCUGUGCUCUGUGCAGAGUCCAAAGAGGGUCCUGCAGGAAGUCCGGAGAGUUCUGAGGCCGGGAGGAGUGCUCUUUUUCUGGGAGCACGUGGCAGAGCCAUGUGGAAGCUGGGCCUUCCUGUGGCAACAAGUUUUACAGCCCACCUGGAGGCACAUUGGGGAUGGCUGCCACCUCACCAGAGAGACCUGGAGAGACCUGGAGGACGCCCAGUUCUCUGAACUCCAAGUGGAACAACACCCUCCUCCCAUCAAGUGGUUACCUGUAGGGCCCCACAUCAUGGGAAAGGCGGUGAAAUAAGCCUUCCCCAAAUACUGCCUCCGGUCGGUCAGUCGGACGAUCCCACCCACCCAAGUCUCCCUUCUCCUAAGAGGGAUCCAGGCAGACGGAAACCGUCCCCCGCCACCCCAUCCCUCCUCCCCCCAUGUCUGCCGGGGGAACAUCUAACUUCAACCCUCCCUUCUGCAGUGAAAAAGCUCUAUUCCCAUCCUGACCACAGGGAGAAGAGAAUCAAACCCUGUCGUCUCCUCAACUGCAAAGUCAUGCACUGGGUCUCCCAAUUUUUUCCCACCCACCCUCAGGACACCUCCCCAUCCCUUCCCCAUGUUCCCCCUUCCCUGCUUCAAAGACCACACCCAAGUGCCCCCUGGAUGUGACCACAAAAGUCACCAAAGUCCCUGCCAGGCCCCUGCGCCCCCUCCCACCACCGCCUGAGCUGUGGGGAUGCAGAGAGAACCGGCCUCUCUGGAGACCCUGUGCAUGAGGAAGCAGGAUUCAGUAAAAAAGACAGAGGUUUUGUCCUCAGAUAUUUUUCAAUAAAUAGACAAAAUCCACUA